AUGAUAUAUACUCGUUUAUACAGUUUAAAACAACCAUCACUAGAUAUUCGUCGUCGUUAUCCUCUAUUAUUAUUAAUAAUAUCAUGGAUUAUAUUAUUUCUUUUUUAUGGUAUUCCAUUUAUGACAACUUAUUCAAGCUAUCUUUUACCAACAACAUCAACAGCAUCAAAUACAACAUCAUAUUGUACAACUUAUGCAACAUCAAUUUAUCAUGCACCAUGGAUGGCAUAUACAGAAAUAGGAAUUAUUUAUUCAUUACCAUUAAUAUUUAUUUUUAUAGGUUUAAUUUAUCUUCUACAAUAUUUAUGUCAGCCACAACCAAGACAGUCGGAAUUAGCUGCAAGAAGAAUAUACCUUGAACAACGACAAAUGACAUGGCAUACUUUUUUAUUAGGUAUAACAUUUUUUUUUCUUUGGCUUCCUUGGAUUUCAAUUCGUAUUCUCAUUAUUUUUCUUCAUACAUACGCAAUUCAACAUGCUUUGCAAAUAACUUAUUAUAUACUUAUACUUAAAUCUUUAAUUUUUCCUUUAAUAUAUGCAUCAACAAAUGCAUCAUUUCGUGGUUCAUUCGCUAUUUAUAGACAUCAACGGGUAAUCAUGAAUGCUCGUGUAUGGACAAUCAAUGAACAUUCAAUUCAACAUCAUCGUGGAUAUUAA